AUGAUUAUUCAGCCCCGCAACGUCUGGACAAAAAGACUUGCCCUGGGCCUAAAGAUUAUUUUACUCUUCCUUAACCAAUUUGGCAUCGACUAUAUAGUGCUUGCCGUUGCCCCAUUCAUUCCGUUGAAAAAUGGAGGUUUACUUUUCCGUUCCCCGAGGUUCUUCGAUGUACUGAUGUCUGCUAUCAUUAUGCAUGUCACGAUUUGGAAUGUCUUUCGGCUGUUUUGCUGGAUGAGUAGCCUGUCCUGGAAUCGACAAUUUGUGGAACUAGUGAACAACGUGAUCCACGUAACAACACGGAUAGAUGGCAUUGUGGGACCGCUCUCCUUGGAAGGUACCUCCUUGCUGAUCCUGUACAUAGUUCAGUUAGACCUGACUCUGCUGCAGAUGGUUGGGUAUAGUCAAGUUGGACUACACCUCUUCUCCCUAUACAACUUAAUCCUGGAGCUUUUCUUCAACACGUAUGUGGUAUACGAGUUGCUCUUACUGUCCUGGAUCGCUGCUUUCAAUAGGUUCUUAAAGGUAUACGCACAGGAAUGGAACCCUUCCAAAAUGCAGCGCCUGAAGUUCCUUGAACUGUUUAAUCUAUAUUCAAGGAUUGGCAUUAUUCACCAGGAAAUCCAGCAUCUGUGGCUGCCAUUAGCGAGUGUUAUUUUCUCCGACAUUUUAAUGCUAGUGUCCAAUUGGUCCUUUGUCAUAUCCUGCUUCCUGUUCGAUAACUUUGCCGAAGGAGGCGAUUGUAGUUGGAAAUAUGGAAUACCCGUUACCGCCGCCCAGGCUUCCCUUUUACGUAUUUUAUUUCUCGGUCUUUGCAACGAUCGAUUGGCACUACAGCAGUGCUUCCUUAGAUUGCAACUCCUGGUUAUUAGCUUAAAGGUCCAGGAUCAGCUGGAUCAGAAAUUCAAAUGGGAUGUAAAUAAUCUGCAAACCUGUUUCAAUCUGCAGCUGUGGGCCCAGCCGAUCAGGAAUCAGAUUAUGAGCGUUAAUCAGGAAUGCGGAUGUUCGUUUGUACUCGACUUCUUCUUUUGCGCACUGCUAAACGCCUUGGGCUGUGUGCAGUAUAGAUUAUCCGUGAACAUUCGUUCCUUCCACUUCUUAGAUACAAUAACUUGA